AGUUUGUUUACUGUGAAAACUCAGCCUGCCCGGUGUGGGGGUCAUUAGUGGCGGUGCAUGGGGAGUUUUUUUUAGCGGGUUGUUGUGUAAAAUAGUUCCUCUAUGAAAGAAGAAAGGCAGGAGGGAGGGAGGUAAAAGGUCACCAUGGCUCGCGCUGAUCAGGUGACAAAUGUGGCAAAGUCGGACUGCGUCCGGACUUUUUACACGAAAUUGCAGUAAACUUUGCGUAAAAUAAUAACAAUAAUAAUGACAAACCAGGGGAAGCAGUACAGCACAGGAGACGCGCGUGAUGAAGCCUUGUCGUUUGGUUAUUAUGAUGAAGAUGAUGAUGAUGAUGAUGAUUUGGAUACGUUUACAGAGGAUGGAGUGUGCGGCUGCGAUGAAGGAGUACUGGGUUUCCGAGAUCCCUUCUGCAGUGAGGUGAAGCCUCGCAUCCUGCUGAUGGGUUUACGGCGCAGCGGCAAGUCUUCCAUCCAGAAAGUGGUGUUCCACAAGAUGUCCCCCAACGAGACGCUGUUCCUGGAGAGCACUAAUAAGAUCUGCCGAGAGGACGUGUCUAACAGCUCGUUCGUCAGCUUCCAGAUCUGGGAUUUUCCUGGUCAGAUCGAUUUCUUCGACCCGACCUUCGACUACGAGAUGAUCUUCCGCGGCACGGGGGCGCUUAUUUUCGUCAUCGACUCGCAGGAUGACUAUGUGGAAGCACUGAGCAGACUCCACCUCACUGUGACCCGAGCCUAUAAAGUCAACCCGGACAUCAACUUUGAAGUGUUCAUCCAUAAGGUGGACGGACUGUCCGACGAUCACAAGAUCGAGAAACAGCGAGAUAUACACAAACGUGCCAACGACGACCUGGCAGACGCCGGCUUAGAGAGGAUACAUUUAAGCUUCUACCUGACGAGCAUCUAUGAUCACUCCAUCUUCGAGGCGUUCAGUAAAGUGGUGCAGAAGCUCAUUCCACAGCUCCCAACUCUGGAGAAUCUACUCAACAUUUUUAUAUCCAAUUCAGGGAUCGAAAAGGCGUUUCUGUUCGACGUUGUCAGUAAGAUCUACAUCGCCACAGACAGCAGUCCAGUGGACAUGCAGACGUACGAGCUGUGCUGCGACAUGAUCGAUGUCGUCAUCGAUAUUUCCUGCAUCUAUGGUUUGAGUGAAGACGUAGCCGGUUCACCGUACGAUAAAGAAUCCAUGGCCAUCAUCCACCUCAACAACACCACGGUGAUGUACCUAAAAGAGGUCACUAAAUUCCUGGCGCUCGUCUGUUUCCUCAGGGAAGAGAGUUUUGAGAGGAAAGGACUCAUCGACUACAACUUCCACUGCUUCAAGAAAGCCAUAGAGGAAGUGUUCGACUUGCGACUGAAAGUGCAGAGAAACCGGAAACUUCUGAGCCAGAGGAGAUGGAGCAGGCAGAACGUGCCGAACGGGACUCACACUCAGCAUCACUGAAGGACAUAUACAAACACACACACACUAGGAGAUUAUGUGUUAGGAAUAAACCCAGAAUUUUCAUACGAACUAGAUUUCCAGCGAUCUUAAUUUUCGGGGUGUUAACAACUUUUUAAUAAUUAAGAGAAAUAUUAAUAGAAAACCACAAGUGUGGUUUUAUUAUCAUUGUAAUAUUUGUCAGGUAAUUAAAUCUGUAUCCGAUUCAUAUAGGAUUGAUGUAAGAUGUGUGGCUGUAAUGUGGUAUGAAUGAGUGAGAUUUUAUGAUGAAUGAGUACUGAUUUUAGUAGAAUUGCCAUACAACUUCAAUUUUAUUUUUAAUAGAGAAUAAAGAAGCAGAGAUUGAGAUGAAAUACAGAAGGGAAGACGAUUUAAAAGCAGAACUGAUUUUGUUCGUUCUGUACAGUCAAUUAUAUAAGCCAUGUUUGGGGUGGAAAGCUAAUGAAAGCUUAUAGCUACCUCCUUACUAUCUAGCUACAGAUGUAGUUUGGAUUAGUAUGUAAACGAUUAUACAGAACGACAGAGACUGGGAGAUAUUAGCGAUAUUAACAACUAUCCACAGGCUACAACUUCCAUUUCUAUGUACAGUUUAUUCUGAAUCACAUCCAGUAAAAUUAAUACCAGAGUUUUGAUUUACGGCAGCGUCUGGAAGGUUUUUCCGCCAUGUUUAGCCGAGUAACCGUCCAGAAAUCUGGAUCAGGUCUGCUCUCUUCACAUGAAGGGCUUAGCCUCCAUGAUGAUGAUGAUGAUGAUAAAAGUGCUAUCCAUUAACAGAGAAGCCAUUUAAAACAAAUCUGACAAAUUGUACUCAGCCUAGUUUGAGGUAGACAUUUGACGACGUUGCGUAAUAGAAAUUGAAGGCUAGUUCAUUAUGUGCUAGCCUUGUAGCUAUGGUAUGAGGCUUAACAAGCUAAUUUUUUGACACAGAACAUGGAUAGUUGAAUCAUAAAAUUAUUGAAGAUAUCGCUGUGAUAUUAACAACUAUCCAUAGGCUACAUCUUCCAUUUCUAUCUACAGUUUAUUCUGGAUCACGUCCAGUAAAAUUAAUACCAAAGUUCUGAUUUACAGCAGUGUCUAAAAGGUUUUUCCGCCAUGUUUAACUCGGUAACCAUCCAAAAAUCUUUGUCUAGCAAACACACAGCUGAGGAAUGAAGGGCUUAGCCUCCAUGACAAUGAUAAAAGUGUUAUCCAUAAAUAGAGAAGACAAUUAAAACGAAUCUGACAAAUUGGACUCAGCCUAGUUUGAGGUAAACAUUUGACGACGUAGCAUAACAGGAACUGAAGGCUAGUUCAUUAUGUGUUAGCCUUGUAGCUAUAGUACAAAACUUAAUUAGCCUUGUAGCUCUAGUACACAACUUUUUUUUUUUUUUUUACAUAGAACAUGGAUCGGUUUGAGAUUUUGAGCGAAAGGGAAAUUGCGUUUCAGAUUUGGGUAAAGUGUAGCUUGGAAAUUGAAAAGAUUUUUUUUAAUUAAUUAAUUAUAUAAUUAAUUAAUUAUAAUAUAUAUAUUAUAGUAAAAUAUAUUAUAAUUUUUUUUUAAAGUUGAAUUUCACAAAAGUGUAAAUAAUUGCACCAUUUGCACAAAUCUCACCAUUAAUGUUUUUUAAAUCAACCCCCAUACACUGACAUUUGUUACUGUUUCCUGGAAACACUAUUUUUUAACCGUCCAAUAUUAAGAAAAAGCUGGAAAAUAUUGUUAAAGGAAAGUUACAGUGCGAAGUCACUUAUUAGGAAUCGGAAAAGUAUCAGAUCAUCGUUUAGUUUUGUGUGAACUUCUAUCAUCGAGGUCAAUUCGAUGAGUUUUGCCUUUUUGUAACAUGAUGAAUGUAUGCUUUACAUAAUCAAAAGCCGAGCCUUAACUUUUAUCGUUUCAGAAUAGUUCCAGUUGGAAAUUAAUUUUAAGUGUUACAACAAAUGUAGUAUUGAGCUGUUUAUACUCACUGUUUAUUAUGCGGCCAAGUUGCUGAAUAUUUAUUUAUUUAUACUAUUAAUAAAGAAUAUGACACAAAACCUAAAACUCUC